AAUCUCAUAAAUAAAACCAAAUCUCUCGCUCGCUCACGUAAUUCCGACUCUCGCAAAACCCCCAAAAUUCGAAAACGACAAAAAGCUCAACCCCUAACCCUAGAUUUCCCGAUGACCAGCGACGCCCAGGACUCGCAUCGCAAGCACCGUGGUGCCUCUUUCGAUGACGAAGAGGCCGUCGAGAAGUCGUCCAAGCGCCACAGGCACCGUCACCACCGCCACCACCAUCGUCACCGUCACGGCAGCAAAAAGCGCGAAGAGGAGACCAAGGCUGUCGUCGACGAUGUCGAAGCUCCUUCACCGCGGCCUGUUGAGUUAUAUGAUUCCGGUGUCAAUGGUUCUAUGCCGGUUGAAGACGUGGAGGAAGGCGAAAUUCUCGACGAGGAGGGAGUCGGUGGUCGAGAUGAUGGCGUUUCCAAUGCGGAGUCUGGUGAAAUUGAGGCUUCUGGAGUUGGCGAUCAUUCUAAUAAGCGGAAUCUGAGAGACAAUGACAUCAAUAAAAAUACAAAGACCGUGGAACACCUGCAUGAUGAUGAUGAUGAUGAUGAUGCCCGCGGUUGUGUUGGUGGCAAGUCUCGGAAUGAGGCUGGUUUGCCUAGAGAUUCUAUUGUUGAGCCUCAAGAUGAAUUAGUUUCCAGUGGUAGUGUAAAGGAUCAUGCAAAUGGGGAUUUGGACUACCAAUCUCACAGAGAGGAGAAGAGGCGACACAGGGAGUCUGGGUCUCCUUCUAGAGGAAGUGAUAAGAGAAAGAAUUACUAUGAUGAUGAAAAACUGUAUGAAGAUGGAAGUAAAUCAGCUGAUUGGAAAAAGUUAUCCUCUGGAAGUAGUGGGGACAAGUACAAUGCCUUGGUGCGUUCACCAUCUUGUGAUAGGCGCGGUGAUGAGCUACAUGGUAGGGGCAGAUCAAGGUCAUAUGAUCGUUUGAGGGAGAGAUCUCGUUCCCGCAGUAUAAUAGAAGAAGAGCCUCUUUCGAAGAGGAGACGUUAUCAUGAACGGGACACCUCUGCGUAUGUUGAGAAAAGCAAGGCUGUGCACGGCUCUGAUGAUGAAGGAUUGGCUCCGGGUAUUGACAGUGUCGAUCUGAGGAGGGAUGAUGAAAGGGAACACAAUAUUAGUUAUAGCAGAUACUCCGGAUUAGGCCAUAGUCGAGAAAGAGAGAGAAGUAGGGGGAGGGAGGUGGAUCAGGAGCAGAGAAGGGAGAAGGAUCAAGAAAGAAUCAGGGACAGCGAACGGAGAAGGGAGAAAGAAAGAGAAAGGAGUAGGGAUAGGAAAAGGGGAAUAGGACGAGAGCAUAGCAGGGAAAGAGUGGUUUAUAUGGAAAGGAGAAGGGAAGAGCGACAUAGGAGUAGGGACAUUGAGAAUAGGGAUAGGAAUAGGGAUGAUAGUAAUAGGAGCAGGGACAGGGUCAAGGAUGAUAGGGACAGAAACAUGGAGAGGGGCCGAGAUAGGGACAGAGAUACAGACCGAAAAUGGGAGAGGCAAGAUGAUAGAGACAGGGAUAGGGGUCGAGAUAUGGAGAGGGAGAAAUAUGAACAUCAUGAGGAUGGCUAUGGAAACCGAGAUAGGCAUAAAUCUGCUCGAUCAAGGCGUGAUGGAAAAGAAUACGACCAGGACAGAAGAAGUAAAACUGAUCCAGCAAAGGUACAGAGUCCAAAGAAUUAUUCUGUCGAAGGGGAUGAAGACAUGUUAGAAAGAGAUGAAGAUGAAGACGAAAGCAUUCAAGUUGCUGGCCAGGAAGAGGAUGAUGUGGAUAGAAUCAAGGAAGAGUCUCGGAGAAUAAAACAAGCCAUCUUAGAAAAAUAUAAAAGUCAGCAGUCACAGCAAACAAAAGAGUUGCGUCUACAAGAACAAACUGAGUCACAGUUGCAGAAGCAUUUUGAGCCUCAGCCUCUGGAGCAAUCAGCGGAUAAAGGUCCUGCAGAUCAUCUGGAGCAAUCAGCAGCUUCUGUCAAACCUGGUCUAGAAACUGAUGAUGGAAGGAGUGAUGGGGAUGUGUCUGUUGCUGCAUUUUCUGUUUCACCUCAGCAGAAUGGUGCUGAUACUUCUAGAAUGCCUUCUGGUGCCACGGGGCUUGGAGAGGGUACUCCAGAGAGUGAAGGAACUGUUGCCGUUGAUGAUAUUUUUGGUGAGACCCCAGUUGGAGUUCAAAAAUUGGGAAAAGGAGAUCGUGUACGGAUUGAAAGGAGUGGUCUUCAUGAUAACUGGGAUGAUGCAGAAGGGUACUACAGCUACCGGUUUGGAGAAUUACUUGAUGCUCGAUAUGAAAUCACUGCUGCUCAUGGGAAGGGUGUGUUUUCGACAGUAGUCCGUGCAAAGAACCUUACAGUUGGUAAUGGUGAACCUGAAGAAGUGGCAAUUAAGAUGAUACGGAGCAAUGACACCAUGUUAAAGGCUGGAAUGACUGAGUUGACCAUAUUGAAGAAAUUAGCAGGUCACGAUCCAGAUAAUAAGCGCCACUGUGUUCGUUUUCUGUCGAAUUUCAAGUAUCGAAAUCAUCUUUGUUUAGUGUUUGAAUCCCUUCAUAUGAAUCUUCGUGAGGUCUUAAAGAAGUUUGGGCGCAAUAUUGGUCUUAACCUAACUGGCGUCAGAGAAUAUGCUAAGCAGCUUUUUAUUGCACUGAAGCAUUUAAAGAACUGCGGUGUCCUUCAUUGUGAUAUAAAGCCAGAUAACAUGCUGGUAAAUGAGUCAAAUAAUGUGUUGAAGUUGUGUGAUUUUGGUAAUGCCAUGUUCGCUGGAAAGAAUGAGGUUACACCAUACCUCGUCAGCCGCUUUUAUCGUGCUCCUGAAAUAAUUCUUGGCUUGCCUUAUGAUCAUCCACUGGAUAUCUGGUCAGUUGGUUGCUGUUUGUACGAACUUUAUACGGGAAAAGUUCUUUUUCCCGGUGCUACAAACAAUGAUAUGCUACGUCUACACAUGGAACUGAAAGGCCCUUUCCCAAAGAAGAUGCUUCGGAAGGGAGCUUUUACACACCAACAUUUUGAUCAGGAUCUGAACUUCCAUGCUACAGAAGAUGAUCCUGUUACAAAGAAGGCAAUCAAUCGGGUGAUUUUUAAUAUAAAGUCAAAAGAUAUUGGAUCACUUAUUACGGGUUCUGGUGAGAAUGCAAAGAUGCUAGCUGACUUUAAAGAUCUUUUAGAUAAAAUGUUUGUAUUGGAUCCGGAUAAGAGGUUGACAGUAUCACAAGCUUUGAACCAUCCUUUCAUCACUGUUUUGGCAUGGUUGAAGUCAGAAGGGGUGAUGUUUUGGUCAGGAGUACUCAUCACUGGCGGGGGUUCUUUCCCUUGUACUGUUUCUAUCGUAAGACAACUAGCCAAAGACGUCUUUUCCCCCUGUAAUCAUUUAUGGUUGGCAAAUGUGAAAAUUAAUUACUUCCGUUAUAAUUUUCCAUCAUGAUUUUAUGUGUAUUCUGAACUUGGUUUCUGCAAUUCAAUCUGUGGUACAACAGAAGAUAUAUUUAUCUUCAA